AUGGCCGGUCUAUCGCAACUGCGUGAGCACCGCUCUACGCGCAAGACCAACAAACGAUUCACACCAACACCAACGACCAGAUCAACGCCCCACCCCCAAAACAACACAUCCGCAGCAAAAACGUCUAUAUCCGUACCCCCACCGCCUCCCCCAACCCAGCUCCAUGGACUCACCCUCGUAUCCGCAAUACAGCCACACAGAAGCAAAACACGCCGUCCCUCGCAACGCCCCGUCCGCAAAAUAGCACAUGCAGUAGCUACGAUACGACACGCCCCCCGCCACCCAACCGCCGUAAACGCCGCCUCGGAGACGUACCGCGGACGCUUUCCCUGCUGGUUGCUGAUGGUGCAGCGUCGUGUGAUGGCAUGGGGCGAACGAUCUACGGUAAGACACACCGUUUCGCUCGUGUCUGCUUACGUGCAUUAUCUCGCUGGGCAGGGUACGGUACGCAUAUAA